CUAUUGCCAAUGGUGCCAUCGCUAAAUUGGCCGCCUGUUUUUAUAAACAAACCGGCAGAUCAUAUUAAAUCAUUUAUGGCCAGGAAACAGCGUUAAUAGGAAAAUUAGGGAAAAUCCGACGGAAAAAUGGCCUCCAAGCGAUUUGGUCCCAUGAAGGACUUUGCGCGGGCCAAGAAACCGCGCCUGGACGUCAGCGUGACCCGCGGAUCGUCGCGUCCCAGUCCGCCAAGGAAUAACUUUGAUGGCAUUUUCUGGGAUGACGAUGACGACGACGUAAUCCUGAUGGCCACCCAGCUGGCGGAGGCGGAAUUAGAAGCGGAGGAGCGCAAGAAGAAGGCGGACCCGGAGGUGGACAUCGCCCACACCGAGGUGACCUUCACCGAAUUUGCUCCCAUGGGCCAGGGCUCCACCAGCACCCAACAAAUGUUUCCGCCACCUCCGCCGCCGCCGUCUAAGAAGUCCACGUCUAUGGACAUGGAUGCCAUCUUCGGGGACGACGAUGACUUUGAUUUCCUGGCCGUGACCCUCAUCGAUACCGAGCCACAAAAGCCACCGGAAUGCAAGCCCAGCACGAGUAGAUCCAUUAGCACCACCAUCAGUGUUCAUCAAAAAACGUCCACAACCGCGAUGAAUGCCACGCAAUCCCGCCAGCAGGAGCACCAGAUCAAGUUUCUCAUGGAUCGCAUCGAAGCCCUCAAGCGGGAGAAGUCACAGCUGGAGAAGAAUCUGGGUGACAGCAACGAACGCAACGAGAUCAAAUCGGGAGAGGUGACCCUGCUCCGUGAUGAGCUGAAGCACGUUCGCCAGCAGCUGCAGGCCAGCAAAAUGGAGAAGCUGGCUUUAGCCGAUGAAACGAAUCGGGAUUGCAACAAAAAAGUGGCAGAAGCGGCCAAACAAAUAGCGGCCAAGGAUAUCGAGUUGAAGAUGAAGAACGCUGAGUACUCCAAGUUAAAGACUCAGCAAAGAGCCCAUGAAAAAAGUAUGAAUUCGAGCAUGAGCAUUGUACAGGCUGCUCCGGAUCACUUUGAAAAGCGGGCUUUACUUCGUCUGCAUAGGCUCAACAUACACAGAUCUGUGCCCAGACUAAGAAUCGAUAAUGCUUUUAGGUUUGAAUAUACCGAAGAUGAGGAUCAGGGUAAGAAGCGAAGAAGCCCCUUCGAGCUAGAGCUUAAGCCACUGCUGCUCCAUUACGCUCAGUUGCAGGUGCAGCCGGAAUCUCUGGAUAAUCUCAUCCCAAGCGUAGUGACUUCCGUCGGCAAGAUUUUUUCGGAGUUCGCCUCGUACGUACAAAAAUUGGAUUUUCCGCACAACUGCAUGUUAUAUCCGUACAAUCCCUACAACAUCGAGGAGGAACUUCCCCGCUUUUCCCUUUCUCAGCAGGCUGCUUUGUAUGAGAACGAAAAGGCUGUGCCGUUGCGUCGCUACAUUGCCACUUUGGCCUUGAUUUGCCGGCAAGAGGAGAGAAUUUCCAGCGCUAUUCUGGAGUGGAAACAAAAUGAUCUAGGGAUACUCGACAUAGCUAUUGAAGCUGUCAUAAAAGUGGGAUUUUCCUACGAGGUGAGCCGACAUUUCGGUUUGCUGGAAGCUUUGGCUUCCCUACUUAACAGUCUACUACAGGGAAAGGAUUUGCUUCAACAGAAUGAGGAUCUGCUCUUUAAUCUGCUUAAACAGCUAGUUUUUACGCGUCCCAAUCCUUGGGUUUUUGCUGAAGUGAGCUCCUGCCUUUUGAGGUGCCUUCGACACCCUCAACUGAUGGUUAAGAUGUGUGUAAAUAGUCACAAGGAGUGCUUUGUGUCGGAUCGCGUUCGCUCAGUUUAUCGAUUUGGUCCCGACUCCUGUUUACUUCAGGUCUAUUCGGGAUUACUCGAGCUAUGUUUCUUUAGUGAAACCCCUCUGAAAAAUGACCAGUUUCAGUUACUGCUUCAAAUCGGAGGAAAUCAUGUAAGAUUUGCAUUCGAGUGCUUUAAGAAUCCUCCGGACUUCAUAAUGGAAAUGCUGCCAUACUUUGCGGAUGAUGGCGAUGAGGACUCUGGCGAUGGCACUCUGAUGAAAGAGGGCGGAAAUUUCAGUUGCAGCACAACAGCAGCAGUUCAGGGAUCGAUCUCCAAUGGUUCCGCAUCAGCUUCCGCUUCGAACUCGAAUCUUAACUCAAAUUCCAACUCGAGUUCAUCGCAGCGCGGCAAGGAUUGCGAAUGUUAUGUGAAAUUGUGCCUCAGUGCAGUGACCAUCGUCUUCCAGGUGAUGCACCAGUGGAUGCUGCACGAAAGGAAAGCAGGCACUGAAGAGGUGGGUGAGAUUUCACGCAUCGCGGUCCACCUGCUGACCCUUGUGUUUCAUGAGUAUUACCUUACCUGCCUUUUUCGCGACUCCGAGGAGACGACAAAACACUACCUCAGCCUCAUUUGCAACUGGUGGAGCGAACAUGCAGAUUUACUUGGUUUUCAGCCAAUACAAUUGCGUUUGCUAAAACAGCUGGUUAAAGCCCACUUCAUGCUGAAACCUCUCCAUCAGGAGGCCAAUCGCAAUAACCCAGGCAACGACCUCUCCGAAUGGAAUCGCAUUGUCAAGAACGCGGAUGCCCAAAAGACAGUGAGUUCUGGACAAAAAUUCAAUCCUAGAAAACUGCUCGACAUCGACUUCUUUAGUGCCUUAAAACGGAAGGAGAGCACGUUUGAGUAGUUGUCAGUUGUUAUGUUAAUAUAUUUUAAGGGUGAUAAUCUAAUGUAAAUUUUAAAUACAAAUAAGUCUGUUAAAAAAAUAUUAAAAAGUUCAAGUGCAUAAACCAAUGAGGCUUUUAAGAACAAACCUUUGAAAGA